AUGGCGGCCAUGGAAGCUGCAAACGCCCAUUACCACAAUGGGCAUCAGCAGUCGGGCCUCCCUGCUUCGCCGACACUUACAAAUCCCGACAUGAUUCUGCCCGACUAUGACCGCAGCGACUCUCCCGAAGCCAGUCUCGACGGCCCUGAUCAUGCUUCGCUCAUGAUGUGGAAGAACACGCACAACAACCCCUCAGGCGCUGGCGUCGGCCCCGAUAUGCAUAAUAUGUUCGUCGCGACUGGCAUGGCGGGUCCGCGUCCAUACGGCCCUUCUGGUCCCAUGACGCCCACCACGCCUAUCAUCUACGGAAACGGGACCAUGUUGUCGGAUAUUGGGGAGGUGACCGAGGUCGAGAGCACUGUUGGAAAGCCCUCGCCCGGGCGCGCACGGCCCGCGUUCAAGAGGCAGGUCUCGCCCAGGUUUGGUGGCAGCGGGAACGACACAGCGCUGCAGUCGUCUCCAACCAUCAACGCGGCAUCCUCGAUCAAGAAGAAAUCGAAGCAGAAUCUAAAGGGGAAACAACAACAACACGAGCGCCGGUCGAGCAUCGAGAGCACGAGCACUGUUACGAACGGCGAGCCCGUCGCUGCCUUUGCCGACUUUGACGACUCGGUCAGCGUCGGCGAUAGCGUAUUCCAGGGGGACGACGAAGAGAGUAUGGCGUCGUCGUAUGUGGACGGCACCGCUGCGAUGGAACCGGGGCGACUGGGCGUUACAAAGGUGGACAGCGCAGAUCGGUUAUCGACGUACUCGACGACGUCGAUAAGCCGGCGCGCCGAAGAGAUCUUGGCCAAUGCGAAGAAGAGGUUGACGACCAUGGAAGGCAACUUAACUCGCGCGCGGAGCUCGUUGCAUUACCACUCCCCGUACGGUUCCGACGCCUCAACACCCUCGCCGAAAUUCCAGCGAGGAUCAACUGCAGUAUACACCCCCGACAACCACGAUGCGGCGAACCCCACGUCCCCUCCGCCCGAACAUGCCUCUGGGCAUACGCGCAUGUCGAGCGACGUUGCCAUGCGAAAUGGCUUGCCAUACCGAGUGUCUUUUCCCCGGUCCCAGAGCGCACUCGGGGCCGCGGGGGGUUAUCGACAGCCGCUAACAGCAUCCAAGAGCGCCGAUCAAAUCCGUGGCGAUGCGGACGAGACCUCGGGGCGUCCCAUUUCGAAAGCCCAUUCCGUCCGGGAAGGGGGACUGAAACCGCUCACAGAAGACGAGGUUGCGCGGCUGGGAGAGGCUGACAGCGCGAGUCAUAAUGCGAGACUCGCGGCGUAUCUGAGCCCUGCUAUGGAUAGCCCCACGUUUGGAUCGUUUCAUAGUGACGGUGGUAUGAGGCAACCGCAGAGGUCAUCAUCUGCAGCCCAGAUGCGCGACAUCAAGGACCAGAUGCGGGAUUUAAAGGGCAAGAUUUCCAGCUUGCGAGAGCAAGCCCGGGUCGACAGCGUUAAGCGGCAGAGCAUGCAGAGUCUCAGGACGCCCAGCCCGUUCACGCAUUCGCAGAUCGACCAUUGGUACGAACCUCCUUCGAACAGGGCAUCGCAAAUUAUGACGGGCGAGUACCCCGAGCACGGUCAGUGGCACGAGGACGAUGCAAGUGUGGAUGGUGGCUUGAAGGAAGCGGCACAACGGCUGGAGGACAGCCCUGGCGAUGGGGAAGAAACGGACUAUGCAGAUGCAGAGGAGGGCACGGAGCUUGGGCACGAGCCCGAGCAAGAGCGGGAGCAGGAGGAAGAGCACGAAAACGGGUACGAACAUCAACAUGGACAAGAACAUGAACUUGACGACGACGACUUGCGGACCGAGAAUGGGGAUACAGAAGACCACGGCGAGGCGGCCUUCCACGACCCAGCCGAGGAGGACUACGACUUGGUGAGCGAGAGCGGCGAAUCCCUCUACCACGACAGCGUCCAGCAUCAAAUCUCGCACGAAGAUCGCGAGGACGCCUUCGACUACGAGCACUUCUUUCUGCACAGCGCCAUGGGCACUAUGAGCAUGGCCCGGCGCGCUAGCGAAGACAGUUACACCUCGGACGACUCCGUCGAGACCACCCGCGGGCCCCUAAGCAGCGGCAACGACACGAGCAGCCACGACGAGCAGCACCCGCCGCAGCGGCCUCGGUUGAUCGGCCGCCGAAGCAGCAGCAACUCUAUCUCUACCAUCGAUACCUUUGCCACUGCCCAAGAGAGCCGCUCGCUCAAGUCCCCCGUCAGCCCGGACGAGUUCCACUCCUUCUACGACGCCUCAUCCCGCGCGGCCUCGGUCCAGAGCCACCACCGCUUCCGCUCUGGCAGCUCCGCCGCGACGAAGCGGUCGUCCCAUACCCCCAGCAUGCUCCACCCACCAACUCAGGGGCCCGUCACACGCGACAGCGACGGGUCGAUCUCGCCGAUCGCCGAAGAGUCGUCUACCGCCGGCUCGCCCGCUGCCGCCGUUAAGCGGCCGCCCGUGUCUUCCCCUUCACCCUCAGAACCCGACUUCCCAUCCAACUCCCGCCGCAACACCAUCGUCCACCGCCCCAUCUCGACCGCCACCAUCACCCAUGCCUCACUCCACCGGCCCUCGACCGCAUCGUUCGAGUCAGUCGGCACCAACCGCAGUUUCCCGCUUGUCAACAGGCCCGGCUCGAGACCGCGCAGCGAGCCCCCUUCUCCAUUGUCUCCGACGUCUCCGGGGUUCCCGAAUAGCAGCACCAGCAGCAUCGCUAACGGCAACGGGAACGCCAAUGGAACCGGAAACGACAUGAACACCAUCGCAAGCCGACUCAUGUCCGACAUGGGCCUGCACGCGGCGCACGCCUCCAUCUCCACAGACGGCGGCACUUUUAGUUUCGGUCCGGGUAAUGACAGCCCCAACAAUGGUGACAGCUCACCACAACCGCACCCGCUUGAGGCCCUCCUACGCGAGGACAAGUACCUGGUGGAACGGGUCGUGGCGGACCUGGGGAAGUGUGUGUUGGGUUUGACGGAGAAUGGGCGGGCGAGCGCGGAGAGUCGGAUGUUCAGGCGGCGGUUGGAUGCGGCGAGGCGGGCUUUGGAGGGGUUGGAUUGUUAG